AUGAGGAGCGUGCUCCCCGGCGCGACCAAGGCCGGCCCCGUGACCGAAGCGAUCGGAGAGAAAGAGAUGACCGCGACCGACGGCGCGACGGCGAUGAUCGAGAUCACAGGCGUCGCUACAGAUCCAGGUCUCGAGACAGGAGAGACAAUCAACAUCGAUCUAGGUCGCGGGAGCGCGAGCGGGUGCGUGACGACGAUCGGGAGUACGCUCGCCCGAGAGACCGCGAUGACAGAGGCAAGGGCAGAGAUAGGCGCGACAGAGGCGAGCCGAGAGACAAUGGACGACCGGCUAGGUAUCGAGAUGAAGAACCGCCAAAUCAUGGAAAAGGGUGGAGAAAGACCGGGUGGAGCGCAUGCGCACGGGACCAUGUCUGUCAAGGUUGGCGCAGGCCAAGAUGGCGAGCGAGAACAGAGCCGUGAGGAGGAGGACCGGAGAGACCGUGAUGGCACGGAUGACCGUGAACAAGGUGAGGCUAUGGAUGAAGACGAAGAGGAACUUGAAGUCGAGGACGACGGAAUGGCGGCCAUGCAGGCCAUGAUGGGCUUUGGCGGUUUCGGUACGACGAAGGGUAAGAAGAUUGCCGGUAACAAUAUCGGAGCGGUUCGCAAGGAGAAGACGACGGAAUAUCGUCAGUACAUGAACCGUGUGGGAGGAUUCAACCGACCUCUAAGUCCAGGUCGAUGA